UUCAAAAUGUUAUUGAUUUUGAGUGCCAUGAUUUUCGUCUUCGUUCAGGACCGUGUGGUGUGUGACAGGGAACUUUUCCCUGUUUCCAUGUUCAAAAUGGAUAUUGACGAGAGCCAGCAAAGUGAUCUGCAGGAAAACGACAAGAUUGAGCUCCUUCAAGGAGGAGAAGAUAGUGAAAGGCGCGCAGUUGGUCCACCAAUCGAUGUUGAUGUUCAGCCAUUGAAAAAUCAAAUUGCUGAUGCUUACGGUUUCCAGAAGGAUCCCAAUAAAGAUCAAUGGAAGAAGCUACCAAGUUUUGAAGGUCAAAUCGGAAAAGGAGGCUGGGCAGCAGCUGCACAGUUAGCGGAGCAAUUCUUCAGAAACAACAACAACCACGCAACACCAUGGCAAAAUUUACUGGCUACACGAACCCCCAUCAACCUCCUUUACAUCACAGCUGCUAGAUACCUUUUUGUAACCCAUGUUCUUUGGGUUCAAAGUAAUAGAAAGUUAAUUGCUUGCAAGGAAACUAGAGACAAAUACAGCGGCAUUAUCCAAAGCUUCGAGAUCCCUGCAACUGGAGUGUGUUUUCCUUUACCUUAUGGCAGCGCCACCUAUAAGUCAGACUACGACGUCGGGCUCAUCGGAGUAAAUUCUGGAACCCUCACACAGAGCUUUAAUCAGUAUUUUCAAGCCGCCGGCCCGAAUGGAUUUGGCAAACCCUCAGAGCUUGUAUUUGACACAAAUGUUUAUGCCUUCACUCUUGAAUUCGCCAUGCCCGCGAUGUUUCUCAAGAUUCCCAAUACGUUUCCUGACAAAGUUGCGAAACUUGAAACAAAAGUGAAGUACAAAAUGCAAGAAUUGGCCAGUGCUUAUUAUAAGAUGUUCAAGUACAGCGACAAUUUUUUUCAAGCGUUGACGACGUCAGCUCAAAAUAACAUGCAAGCUGCGCCUUGGCAGGUUCUGAACGAGUGGCUGACAAAGUUCGACAACAUGAACACCGCUGAAAAUUUCAAAAAGGGGGCAAGAACCGACCAAGCCUUCAGACUCGCCCACAAUAAUAAGUACCAAGCGUUUGUGGCAGCCGUAUCACAAAACGGAGGAUAUGAGCCCAGUAUGAUAGACAACGUUGCUAAGGCGCUACUCUACGCUGCAGAGGCGUAUCAUACCCGCGGCGCCAUGCGGCAUGUGGUACAGGGCAUGCAGAUGAAGGCGAUCAACAGGGGCGAGUUUAACACACCGCUGUUAACUUAUGACUUGUGGGUGUCCAUGAUCGAAAACUGGGGAGAUGCAAAUAAGGAGUACGCACACUGUGGCCCAAAUGUCCUCAUAGCGGCGUGCUUAAACAAGAUGAGUAAAUACCUGUGGAGGAUGUUCAACGCGAUGCGACUAGUCCGUGUCCGUAUGCCAUCUAGAAGCAGUCAGGGAUUGCUAGCCUUUGGUACAACCGACGACCCUGAAGCUGCUGCGCUGCAAUGGCGGCGAAAUGGCCAAGCUACAGAACCUAAAAGUUAUUACAACUUUUUGAAAAAGUUCCAGUGUAAUGGAAUGGUGAACGUAGCAGCUCAGGCACCCGCCGCUAACCUGGGUCUCUCCGUGGCUUGUAUGACAAGAAUCAACAACGUAGUGGAUGCCUAUAAUGCAAGGCUGGCAGCUCUUGUGACCAACAAGGACGGAGAUGUCAUGGCUUAACAGAGAACUUCUCCCAACAAAGGCAACACAUUAUCAAGCGUACAGAUAGGGAGAAUUCAGGAAAUCGUCAAGAGACUUUACUAACGUUAAUCAAUUAUACAUCCAAAUUCUAACAAAUAUUUAAUCAGAGAGGAGAAUCUACAACUGAUCAUGUGUAAGAUGAGCGGCUAUCAUACACCACCAAAACAGUAUAGCGACACUAUUAUAGUUAAUCUUUAACUUGCCCACAUUUAAAGUAUCUACCAUCAAAGUUUAGCUCUCUUUAUUAUCUUAAAGGAGAUAAAGAGGGAUAAAUGCCAAAAUACACUCUUGAAUCUAGAACAGUUUUUCCUUUCGCUUCGAAUUCCUUUGUCGACCCAGAAAAAUCAACUGAAAACUUGGUCUUGCAUGAAAGUGAAACGAUUUUGGUCUAAACUUGAUUCAAACGUAACUUAAGCGAAUAUAAACGACUAGAAUUCAGGAGUGUAAAUUGUUCUUUGUCAACUUAAGUU